AUGCCCGAAAAUGAUAACAACAAUUAUUGUAUUUCCAUAUACAUAUAAAGCCCAAAUGAUCUUAAAUUGGCUUCUCAGUUUGAAAUAAACAAUUGCCGGAUCAUUCGCUUUAAAUUUGUCUUACUGAUCGGUCGGCAUUGGUAGUUUGCUGCAAAAUGAAUCACAAUUUAACGGUUAUCGCCAUUUAUUCGCUUCUCCUCUCGGUUAUAACAACACAAGCUCAACCUAAGAAAAGUGAUGAUGAGAUGAUAAAUGAAAUAUUUUCAAAACCUCAACCUUCAACACAUCGACCACCAGCACAACAAAUACAACCUACAUCAACCUUGUUAAAUCCGAAUCAAAGAAUUCCAGUACCACACCGUGAUGUUGGUGGUGGAAAAGUUUGUGGUGUAAAUAAAGAGUGUAUUGAGCGUUUUCUUUGCGAUGCAAACGGGGGGAUGGUAAGAAGUGGUGAAAACAUCAUCGAUAUACGAGGGAAUUUCGAAAAUCCAUGUGACUAUUUGGAAGUAUGCUGUAGUAUAGACGAUCAGACACCACCGGAACCGUACAUACCCAUCCAAACAGUCAAUAGACACGAAGGUUGUGGUUAUCGCAAUCCAAUUGGUGUAGGUUUCAGAAUUACUGGCGACAAAGACGGCGAGUCAGAGUUUGGUGAAUUCCCUUGGAUGGUUGCCAUUUUUUAUAAAGAGGUAAUUGGUGGCGAGAUCUUGGAUAUUUACGAAUGUGGUGGUUCUGUAAUUGCACCAAAUGUUGUCCUGACUGCUGCACAUUGUGCGCGAAGUAUUGAGCCACACUUAUUGGUAGCACGGGCCGGAGAGUGGGACACACAAACCAAACAGGAGAUGUUGCCACAUCAAGAUGCACGUGUCAAAGAGAUCAUCCGUCACGAGAACUACAACAAAGGCACACUCUUCAACGACAUAGCGCUAUUCAUUUUGGAAACACCUUUCAGUUGGCAGGAAAAUGUACGUCCCAUCUGUUUGCCUGAACCGGAUGCCAAUUUCGACUAUUCACGUUAUUAUGUCUCGGGUUGGGGCAAAGACAAGUUUGGUAAAAAGGGUACACCACAGGUUAUUUUAAAAAAGAUCGAUUUACCAGUGGUGCCACGCGCUACUUGCCAAGCAAAUCUUCGUAGAACACGUGUGGGACGAUUUUUCCUUUUAGAUCAGAGUUUCAUUUGUGCCGGUGGCGAAGAAGGCAAGGAUGCAUGCAAAGGUGAUGGCGGCUCACCAUUGGUGUGCCCCGAUCCGAAUAACCCGAAACGUUACUAUCAAGCUGGUAUUGUGGCUUGGGGUAUUGGUUGUGGUGCUGCAAAUGUGCCAGGAGUCUAUGCAAGUGUGGCGUAUCUCCGCAAUUGGAUCAACGAAAAGCUUUCUGCACGAGGCGUUGAUUUUAGUCACUUUACGGUUUAAGAAAUAAUAUACAUCAAUUUUGUUGAAAAUUUCCUUAAUUUAAGAAUUGAAAAAUGCAAAAAAUGUGAGUUUUAAAGCCACAAAACCUGUUAAUAAAUAAUAUACAGUUAUAGACAUUUGAUUAAACGCA